AUGGGAUGGGAUGACAUCCUGGCGCCGAGAAGUCGUCAACAGAUCUGCACCAUGAGUUUCCAGGCAGGGCUAGUAAAACUUGGGGGAGCCAAGCAGCCAAGGGACUUGAGAGACAGGAGACAGGGCCCGCGUGUUGUUGCUGUUGAAGGCGACGAGAGUGGUGAAGUUGAAAGAGAGAAGUUGGAGACGAAGAAAAGCGGGGAUGUUGGGUCUUGGAGUCGUUCAUUCUUGCUCCGGAUUGAAACAAACAUGCAAGUUGUUCCGAGCGCUCAGCUCUCGCCUUCCAAACUCUGCCCGAGUCUUUCUGAAGUGGUGCCGAAGUAUCGAAAGUCUCGCGAAGUCUCACCGUCUGUGGGAGGGCCAAGGGAGGCAGUCAGAGGAGAGGGCGAGAGCCAACAGUUGGCUUUGGAUUACGCUACAGCUACUACUCGCUGCUACUUUGCCCAAAACUCUGUAACAGCCCCAAACUCUUGGCAGAAGGACUCGUCGCUUCCUGUUGCGGUGCACCCACGCGGCUCCUGGUCGUGUACCUCGUGUACCAAUGUACCUGUAAGUCGUAACUCGGACCUUUCCUUGAUCAUCCUGACAUACUCCCAUCCCGCAACCUGCUUCUGGUCACCUCUGUCAUUCUUCCCUCCGAGACUCCAAGCUAGACUCCAAAUGACCUUUGACUCUCUCGACUCCGCCUGCCGACUGCGUAUGCCUCCCUCGCUUGCACUUCUGCCCCCUGAUUCCCUGAACAUCAACACCUCGUGCGCCAUCAUCACCACUCUACUGGCGGAACGGGUGCUUUUUGUUUCCCCCUCUCAAUCUCAACGUUCUAGCCCGUUCAACAUGUGCGCAUUGAAGGGGGCAGGGCCGCCGGGAAGCUUGCAAGAGCUUACUGAUGAUGAUAAUCAACGAAAUAAGGGGCCGCUUCUGCAGCCCGGCUCCCUCCCCCCGGACUUUGCGGAGAGGCGGGCAUGA